GUGUCGACACGAGUCUCUGGGCGCGCAGCAUUUCAACAUUCUCCCACUACACACUCAGCUUUUAGUUUCUUUGUUCUCUCUUCUCAUCACCACCUCUUCGUUUAUUCUCACCGCCCUAUCGAUUUUCCCAUUUCUGCAGCUUCGAAUGCAGCUCACCGCCGCAAACCGGUGACGCAAGGCAGCUACGCCGUAGGUUCCGCUCAGCACUGCCGGGCUUUGGCCUCCGGAGCGUCAUAGAUACCGAACACGCUGCCCAUCAUGGGAUAUUUCAAGGAUAUACUCCUUGCAUACUUUGUUGGGGGCGUCACAUUUAUUCCGCUUGUUAUUAUUGCAGUUCUCGCCCACGCGCAUUACACAUUCCCACACCGACACGAUGUAUUGCCGCUGGGCAACGACGAAACAAUACAAAGCGAAACCAAACAGUACGAUGAAAUAGUCGAGGAAGGAGAUAAUACCGAGGCACUGGAUGCCGCGAGGGCCAACAAGGCUGAAGCUCUCCGAGCCAAGGCUAAGCUUGCUAGCCAAGAUAUUCCCGAUGUGGCGGCAGGCUUCUUUGCUGUGUGCAGAGAAUACACGCCCAUGGGAAUCAAUGCAAAGCCUAUAGAGCGAUCUACGCCCGUGGGGUCGACAACAGUGGCAUCCCCGAGCCCAAGCGUGUACCAGACCAUGUAUAGAAGCAUCUUUGAUCGCAAAGCUGCACCAAACGGGCCUAUUGAAGGCACAAAUAUGAGUCAACGACCAAAGAGAGCUGGCAAUGUGUUUUAUGUCGUCUUGAGACACGGCCAUCUGAUGCUCUUUGACGACGAAGAACAGCUCGAAGUCCGACACGUCAUCUCGCUUGCUCAUCAUGACAUUAGCAUCUACUCUGGUGGCGACGUGACUCCCGAAGGCGAGCUUUUCAUUAAACGCAACGCACUUUGCCUCUCUCGCAGGGUUUCCGAAACCGACAACAAUAACAGCGAUACCCCGGUUUCAAAGCCCUUCUAUCUCUUCUCCGAGAACUGCUCUGCCAAGGAAGAUUUCUACUUUGCCUUGCUGAGAAACCAAGAACAAACAUUUUCUUUUGAAGAUAGAGCACCGAAACCAAAGCAGUUUGAUGUUAAAGCCAUCAUUUCGCUGGUUCAAAAGCUACACUCCUCCGAAGACAAUAUACACUCGAGAUGGAUCAACGCCAUGAUUGGCAGAGUGUUCCUCGGCGUCUACGAAACACGGGACAUUCAAUAUCUCAUUGCCGAAAAAAUAACAAAGAAAAUCUCCAGAGUCAAGACACCAUCAUUCCUUACCAAUAUUGCUAUUCGCCGAAUCGAUACAGGCACUGCGGCUCCCUAUUUUUCCAACAUGAAGCUCAAGGACUUGACUGUGGAGGGAGAGUGUGUCAUGGAAGCGGAUGUUCGGUAUACUGGAAACUUUCGUCUUGAGGUGGCCGCCACUGCCAAGAUUGAUCUUGGCACAAGAUUCAAGGCAAGAGAGGUGAAUCUUGUGUUGUCGGUGAUGCUGAAGCGAAUCGAAGGCCACGUCUUGUUCAAGAUCAAACCGCCACCAAGCAACCGAAUCUGGUUCUCGUUCCAGACAAUGCCAAAGAUGGAGAUGACUAUUGAGCCAAUUGUUAGCUCUCGCCAAAUUACAUAUACAGUCAUUCUGCGCCAGAUUGAGAACCGAAUCAAAGAGGUUGUGGCUGAAACGCUGGUCCAACCGUUUUGGGAUGACAUACCUUUCUUCCGAACAGAGCAUAAACGCUGGCGCGGUGGCAUAUUUGAAGGCGACGACGCUGUAAAUCCAACAGAAGAUAUCGAAAAUGCUCUACCACCUCUCGCCACUGAAACCGAUACCAAAACUACUGAGCCUGUGGAAACCAAAACUGAAGACGCUGGCGAUGCUUCAUCCUCGGGAGAGUCCACGACUGUCCAACCAUUGGAAGCGACACCGGUUGCCACUGGCCUCUUUGGACGCAAGUUAACAAACAAGAAUGGCCUUGAUGGCAACAUAUCAUCGGCGAGUGUAGACUCAAAGGGCUCAGCUCUAUCCACGUCUCGCUCUCCAAAUAUUGUAAAGAAUGCUGUCGAGCCCGUUGUUGCAACAGAGGCUGCACACUCAGAUCUGUUUAAACCAUCAUCGCCGCCGGAUCGGGCAACCAGUUUCAUGGCUGCUCUGCAGUCGCGCGCACGAGAUUCACCACUGGCAUCACCAGUUGGAUCGCCAGAAAAAGCACCACUGAAGCUCAUGUCCAGCCAGUCAUCCACAUCAUCCAAGGAUCUCUCUGAAGCGAGUGGGGGCGAUUUAGAAGCUACGCCUACUGCUGAGACUCGACGCAACACAGCUUCGUCUCUCGGAUCAACAUCUGGAGAGGACCAACUCACACCUGCUGAAUCUGCGUCAGGAUCCAGCUCAUUUCAAAGCCAGACAGGCUCUCUUGGACGUAACUUCUUUAUGAAGCGAGAAAACACCAACUCGACCUUGGGCAGCAUAGACGGCGUUGCAGCAAAGAGAAACACACUCGCUGCCAUGUCUAACGCUGCUGCUCAAGCGAAGCAGUGGGGAUGGAAUGCCAUUCAACGGCAGAAGGAAGCUAGGCGAAACGCCGAAGCGGUAGACCUCACCCAACCAAUGGGCCGUGGUCAACCACUACCGCCACCUGGCGUCCCAUUGCCUGGGCCUGUGAAUGGAAGGGGCACCUUUAUGCCACCCGCUGUACCUCAGCGCAAGAACGAAAGCCCGCCUCUGCCAGAAAGACGCAAGACAGAAUCCCAUGGUUCAGAGCACGAACAGCGCAAAGCAUCUACGCCUGUAGCCCAGCGAAGGAGGAGGGGCACGAGCCUGGAACAUGAUGAACCAGGAGAUCAGCCGAUGCUCAUUGUUGCUAUUCCUGAUGAGUCGGAGCCAAGUACACCAUUGAAAGAAGAUGAGGUUGAGAUUCUGGGCAGUGUUGCGCCGGCAGAGCCUGUAGCUGACCUCCCUGUGAAUCCAGCCGAAGUGGAACUGCCCAAAAGGACCGCCAUCUCUGGUAGCUCAAGCCCCAUGCCUAUCAAAGCAUCAAGCGGUGCACGACAACGAGCGGAAAUGGAAGAAACACUGGCGUCUACGCCUGACUCUGCAGAGCUCGCAGCACAGACGGAACCUAUCGUUGCUCUGCCGGCUGCGGAUCUACCUCCAGCUGCGGACAUUGACGACGACUUUUCGCCUUGGUUGGAGGAUAAUACCGACGAAGAUGUACCGGCUCCAUUAGCGGCACCAGCUGAUAUCGCACACGAGAAUGCUACCGACUCCAAGUCAAUAUAAACGUCCGGCUUUACUAUUCCCUGGCAGCUGUAGACAAAAGAUGUACAUAGAACCAGCCUCUGCUAGACAUAUAGAAGACGAGAUAGCAUGAAAAGAAGUCAAGUAAAAGAUUCAAAG